UGAUAAUUUAUUGACAUUAACCAAUCAAGAGAGAGAGAGCAGGUUAGAAUUCACCAAUAUAGUUGCUAUAGCAUGAAUCGAAUUCAAUAUCCCUCCACAUGGUGUUGCGCUAAUUCUAAAACUCUUCUGUUUAUAGUCGCGAUGUACAAACUUCUUAUUUACUUACGGAUUUAGGUAUGUGGGAUUUCUCUUAAGCUUUUCCAAACGUUUUUCGCUUUAGUUCAGGUGUAGUUGGUUAAUGUGAGAGUGUGAAAAAGACUGAUUAGUUUUUAUUGAAUUUUUUUGUUGCUAUGGAGGAAGAUCUGUGUGGAACUAAGAACGUCACUAACAUAGGUUGGUGUCCAGAAAUCAACGACACAAUAUUGUGUUGGCCAGAAACGCCUCCUGGAACUUUAGCGAAUAAAACGUGUCCAAACUACCUCGAAGGUGAAGCAGUAGUGGGUUUUGCUUAUAAAUUAUGCAGAGAAAAUGGCACCUGGUAUGUGAACGAAAAGAAUAUUACCUGGACCAAUUAUGAGGAUUGUAGAUUUCCCGAUGAAAUAUUGGAGUUCUAUAAGUGUAUAAACUUCCUAUAUAUAAUCGGUUAUGCGAUAUCUUCCCUAGCAUUACUUGUUUCCUUAGUUGUCUUCUUCUCCUUCAGAAUACUUAAAUGCACAAGAAUCAAAAUUCACAUACAACUAUUCAUAUCAUUUUUAAUAAAUAGUUUACUGUCCAUUAUAUGGUAUACGGAAGUGGUCACUAAGGUGGAAGUGACUGAAGCAAAUCCGUUAUGGUGUCAAUUCCUUCACAUAGCCAAGGAGUACUUUAUGGUGGCGAAUUACAUGUGGAUGUUUUGCGAAUCUCUUCACCUCCACAUCGCCCUGGUGGUGGUUUUUAUGGCCGAUGAAAAAAUCAUGAAGUGGUUUUAUGCCAUCGGAUGGGGUGGAUCGUUCCUGAUAGUUUUAACGCACAACUUAGUUCGAAUUUAUUUAAGUCAAGAUACCGAGAGAUGCUUUAUGGAAGAGAACAGGGUCAGCACAUGGUUUAUUAGCGUCCCAAUUGUGCUUACCUUAGCAUCGUCAAUAAUUUUCCUUAUAAACAUAUUACUGGUGAUCCUAACAACACGGAAUCCGGCCUCUCCUAAUCCUGCCCCAGAUAGUACAAGGAAAGCGGUAAGGGCUGCAUUGAUACUUACCCCAUUGUUCGGGUUACAAUUCAUUUUUAUCCCGGUCAAACCUGAUGUAGGACAUCCCUUGUACAACAUAUACCUCUAUUUUAGUAUGGUCAUAAUUUCUUACCAGGGAUUAUGUUGCUCCAUUCUGUUCUGUUUCGCCAACCAUGAGGUGCAUCAAGCAGUCAAGCGAAGUAUCCAGAGAAAUGCACAUUUUCAAUACACCAGAUCGACAAAUUACCAAACUGCCGAUAGCGGUGGAACUGGUUUUAAUUUAAAUGGACAAAAUUCGAUGCCGUUGCUCUCUACACAUAAACAUGCGACAAAUAAUGGCAGUGUUAAACUUUAGAGUCCGAAUUUUAGCGAAAAAAAAACUGUUAUAAUAAACCAAUCUAAUUAGUUA